AUGCAACACCGGAUCGAUCUUGCUAUGUUUGCUCUUCUCUCGCCCGUGUGCUUGGGCUUCAAAGCCGACAUCAGGGCUGAUACAAACCGCGACGGUGUUGUGGACGUCACCAAAGCCUGCAACGAUGCCUCCGAUGACAUCCUGCGGCAGGCCGAGUACCUUGCUCCCAUCCAAACCCUCCCGAUUCCCGACUUGGAUGAUUAUGCUGUUGGCAUUGUUUCCGCCAACCCUUUAUCGAGCAAAUACCUCAAGGCUGGUCUGAAGCUGGGUAUCGACGCUCGGGACACACGCCGGCCAGGAGGCUGGGACGGUCGCACCACGGUCACGUUCUCCGUCACAGACGGUACUACCAACUCAACCGACAAAGUGAUGCUCCGAGUUGCCCCUGUCCUGUCUCACAACCAUCUCCAGCGUGUAGACCAGGUCUUGACGGUAUCUGAAAGCAUUUGGAUGCCAGACUUGCAGGAAAACUUCGUUGAAGAGCUGUCCCGCGUCGUGGCAUCCAAGGGCAUCGCGAAGCCUGUUUUCGUGUUCAACCACAGUAGCGACAAAUGGGCCCAGGAGUUUGUAGAGCCAGGAUACACCAGCAUGCCAGGACCGAACGGGACGAUAUCGAUGCGAAUCAUGAUCCGUUCCGGCCAGGACCGACGUGACGCUGGAAAACAAGUCUUCACAUACCUUCGGGGCACCGGAGUGGGCGCUGUGCACCAGCCCGGUAGUCCUUCUGGUGGGAUCAGCUCCAUGGGGAACUUCGAAACGAUCCCUCCGUAUGAGCACAACGGCACAAAAUACCCGGCCGGCCGGAUCAUUAUGGGAUCUUGCGGGAACAAAACUCACCAUGACCUCGAGUACAUGAAAGCGCAGGAAAUACAGCGCCCCCUUAUCUUGGAUACGGGUUGGCUCAAAGUUGGCCACGUGGACGAGUUCGUACAGUUCGUGCCAGCCAACACAACCCGCGGCUGGGCCAUCGUGAUAACCGACCCAGUGGCCGGCCUCGAACUCCUGCGGGGCGUGCAAAGGAAGGGUCUGGGCUCCACGAAGGCGUUCUCACGGACCAGCGACCUGGGCGCGGUCCAGCCGCUGACGCUGUUGAAAAUCGAUUCCAUCACGGAUGAUCUCAACAGCGGUGGCGAUAACGACUCUGGUAACACCACGUACACGGUUCCGCAGUUGUCCGUCGACGAACUGCUCGCCGACGAGGCCAUGCUCAACGUCAACGCGGCGUGUGCGCGCCGCAUCUCGGCGAACAUCGCGGUCCCCAAAGAGGCCAUCGGUGUCACAGACGAGGAGAUCUAUCACCUGCCAGCCGUCUUUUCAAAUGACACCGAAGGUAGUAGUACAGCUUCAGAGCCUCUCAAGGUCGGCGCGUACUAUCCCGGGAUGAUCAACGGCGUCGUGCUCAGCGAGAUAGAUUACCUGUCGCCGAAGCCGUGGGGACCGUUGGUGGAUGGUAAGGAUGUCUUUGAGGAGGCGGCCAUCUCUGUCUAUGCAAAGGCAGGGUUGGAUGUCACAUUUAUGGAUGAUUGGGACACACACCACAUUCUCGGAGGCGAGAUCCACUGCGGAACAAACACUGUUCGCCAGACCGACCAACCUUGGUGGUAA